UUUCAGAUCAGUAUUCUCUCAGUGAUUUAAGCUUUCAUUUGAACAUAGAUAAUGUUAAGUUCUUCAUCGUCCGAUUCAGAUGAUUUUGAGUUCAGAGACUGUGCUACAAAUGAAUGGCAACGGAUGAAAGAAGCAAGAUUGAAGGAGGGUUACCGAGAUGGUAUAACAAAAGGUGAAGAGGAAACCCUACAACGAGGCUUCAAUAAGGGUUAUGCUGAAAGUCUCCCAAAAAUAAUGAAAAUUACAUAUCUUAAAGGCAUUGUGAGUGCUCUUCAGACACACAAAUCAAUUCAGAGUGAGAUGUCCACAGAUGCAAAAGAACUAAACAUACUCUUAGAAAGAAUUACAAAACUAGAAAUGGAACUCAAAGAAAAUAGGACAGGCAUACAUUCUAAGGUUGAGAGCGUAACCAUGGAAUCAGAACAAAAUGUUGAAGAAACAAAAAUGAAUGAAGCAGGAGCACUCAGUACCAGUGAUUUAUCUGCUGAUCAAGACCAGCAACUAGGCACAAUAAACAAACUACAAUUUUUGAAAGAUGGAAAAAUUACAAAAAUAGGAUUUCUUGAAUUGUCAAAAGAAACUGUUGCCACAGAGAGUUCAAGAAUUGAGGAUAUUUAUGAAAAAUGUUGUAAAUUUUAUAGGAAAAUGUUUGAUGAUGAUAUGAUAUAA